UCCAAACUAAAACAGACUGUAGCUGAGUAUGUAACAUUGUCUGUGUCUGGAAACAGCAGUUGGCAUUUAAUUCACACAAAUAGAACCGGAAACAGACUGCACACAAGCAGACGCAGACCCCUUUCAAUCACAACAAAUAACCGUUAUUUUAUUAUCCUUAACAACCUCCGACAACCUCUACACAGAACUUUUAUCAAGUCAAAUACAUACCCCAGCACAUUGAUUUUUGUGAAAGAAAAAAACACAGAAAUGUCCGCUUCAACUGAUCCAAAAGGCGAACUCGCAUCACGUUUGACGUCUUUCAUUCAUCUCUACAGUCAACACAGAGAUGGCCUUCAGAAAGCCUCAGAGGGCUUAACACUGACAGCUGCUCAGGACCAGCACGAGGACUCUUCUGUGCUCGAAGUCCUCUGUGUGGUAACUGGAGGAUUCCUUGGAGCAGGCUUUGGUGGUGUUACUGGUGGAGUUGGGGGAGCGUUUGGGGCAGUUGCUGCUUCAACUUGGGCCAGGAUUUUCGACCACAUUAAUGCAGCGGAAGCAACUGUGGGCUUUGUCGGCAGUGUGUUAGGUGGAGUCUUUGGGGGAGCGUUCAGCGGCGCUAUCGGCGGUGCAGUCUGUGCUGGAGGUGAAGCGAGUGGCAGUCCAGUUAAAGGGAAAGUCACAAAGGUAGUGUGGCUCACCAUCGGCCUUGCAACUGGUGGUGCGAUCGGUGGUAUCUUUGGUGGGAGAGUGGGUGCAGAAGGUGGGGCAGUUGGUGGUGCUUUUGGAGUGUUGUGUGCUACGCGCUUGGCAGGGGGUGCAGUUGGAGUUGUCAAAUAUUUGUGUUCUUUUUCAGAAGAGAAAUCAACAAAAGCAGCACAGAUGUUGCAGAAAACUGUAGAUUUCUGUGAGACUUUCAAACCGUUGGUGACCGAGCUGAAUACCAUAAAAAACAUCAGCGAAGGAAUGGCCUCCAGUGCCAGAGCGCAGGGUGUAGCCGAACAAUCUGCCAAGACUCUGACUUCUGUGAACCUGAUGCUGAAAACCACGAAUGACUCUCUGCCCGUCACAGAUCUGCCACAGUUUGUUUCCAGUGCUGAAGAAUGGGCACAACAUGGCAAGAGAAUCACAGAGGAACUGGAGCAGAUGAAUGAGGAAGGGCAAAAAAUGUUGGCUUCAUUGAGGACAUUCUGAUGCUGUAAAACAAGAACCUGACAAACCUGGUACACUGCUGUUUUACAAACCCUUCCUAAUAACAAUAAAAGGAAAAUAAAAGUUGUAAAUAUGUUUCCGCCCAACACGGUAAAUUCUAUUCACACACCACUCACUGAUUGUCUUUAAUAUUUUGUUAUUUUCUUCACAUGACGUUUGAACAACUUUAUGGAAAUCUUCUCCAUUUUGUUCCUUUGUACUAAUUAAGGGAUGUUACAUUAAUCGGCCUACAGAUGUUAUUAAAAAAAGUAUAUUACACGUGUUGCAGAUAAUGUUUGAUUACAGAGAUUCAAAUGUUUAACUAUAAUAAAAGUUACUGUUCAAGUUUU